AUGUUCAUCUCUUCUUCACCUCAACCUCAAAAUCCAGAUAAGUAUCAAUCUCUUGUAGCCACUCUUCACACGAGGUCCGCCACAGAUUACUGUAGUAAAAUAUGCCCCCCGGUCAAUGGUUUGGUCUGUCGUCAGUAUACUGGAGAGGAUCAUAUAUAUGCCGUGAUUUCUAAUCCUAUCACAGGAGAGUACGUAAGAACACCUGAAGUGACAAGAGAGGCGAUUCAUACGUCAAGGGAAAAAACUUGCUUUGGUUAUGAUCCGAUUGAAAAGCAGUUCAAGCAAUCAUUGACCAAAAAAGUUCCAUCGUUUGCUUUGACGUUAAAGAAUGCCGAGGAACAUAACUGGUCAGACCAUUUCUACAAAAUGCCCGAAGUGAUGCAUCCAACCCGAAUAAAAUCAGUGUUCUCUGCUGGAAUGAUUGGUAGUGGCGAGGUUGUAUUGUAUCCAAUAUAUUCACAUAAUUCUUUAUACAUUCUCUAUUACAACCUCGAGAAAAACAUUAUCACAAGCGUAAGUGUUGAAGUUCCAGGACUUGAUUAUGCUGUGUAUCAUGAAGUUCAAACAUUUCCAAACUUUGUAGAGGAUGUGAAGCUGAUGUAA